CUCCAACGCUCUUUUCCCUUUUUUUCAGCCGCCUGGAGGCUUGGAGAUGUAGUUCAGACAGCAGGCGCCUCCUCGCACCCCCGCCCUACUCUGCGCAGGCGGCUGAUGCUGCUCGAGCUCCCUGGAUGCCCUUGACACCAAUCCCUCCGAGCCGCAACAAAAGCAGGCGGGAACAGGUCGAGAGACCGCGAGCCUCCGCCGCUUCCUCCUCCUCCUCCGUGGGCCCUCUGACUGAAUCCAGCCUGAGACGGCCGCACGAAAGGCCCCUCGUCGUGCCACCGCCUUCUUCUGUCGCUGCCGCCGCAGCAGGCCACGUCAUGAGAAAAUAAAUAAAUAUCAUCCCAUUCAGCCAGUGGCAGGGAGCAGGAACCGGCGGCUGGAAGAUUAGGACCAGCCCACCCAAGCCUAAAACUAGAGAGAGACCAAGCCAGAAAAACAGUUUCCUAAGAAGCACGCAGAGACAGCUGACCAGGCAUUGCACUGGCAAAGAAUGUUGUGGCCCUGCCCUUGGUCAAAUGAAGCUCAACUUUGCUAGAGUUUUGGACCUUCCGGCUUCACCUGGGUGUUGAUGAUAGCGAACUCAAGAGGAUUGAUCAACAAAUGCAAAUCAAGAAUUGAAAAGAUUAAAAAAUGCCACCUGCAACGACAACGCAGUACGCCCCCCCUGAUGGAGGAUGGGGUUGGGUCGUAGUCUUCGGUGCUUUCAUCUCCAUUGGAUUUUCCUAUGCGUUCCCUAAAGCCAUCACAGUGUUCUUCAAGGAAAUACAGGAGAUCUUCGGCACUUCAUAUAGCCAGAUAGCUUGGAUAUCAUCAAUCAUGUUGGCUGUCAUGUAUGCAGGAGGCCCCAUAAGCAGUGUCUUGGUGAACAAAUAUGGCAGCCGGCCGGUCAUGAUAGCAGGAGGGAUCCUAGCUUCAUUUGGAAUGAUUGCCUCUUCUUUCUGCAACACUGUCUUGGAGCUUUACAUCUGCGUAGGUGUUAUUGGAGGUUUGGGCUUGGCGUUCAAUUUGCAGCCAGCCUUGACAAUGAUUGGCAAAUAUUUUUAUAAAAAGCGUCCCAUUGCUAAUGGACUGUCCAUGGCUGGGAGUCCAGUCUUUCUAAGUACUCUGGCACCUCUCAAUCAGUUUCUCUUUAAUGUUUUUGGCUGGAAGGGAAGCUUCCUCAUUUUGGGAGGACUCCUUUUGAACUGCUGUGUAGCCGGGGCACUCAUGAGGCCCAUUGGGCAGCCACCUGCGGUCAAAAAAGACAUAGAAAAAGGAAAAGGAGAUUCCGCCCUGCACAAGAAUGACAAGAAAUCUGUUUGGCAAACCAUCAAUAAAUACUUAGAUCUCUCCCUCUUCAAGCACAGAGGGUUUCUGAUUUAUUUGUCUGGAAAUGUGAUCAUGUUCCUUGGCUUCUUUGCCCCAAUUGUAUUCCUAGCUCCUUACGCCAAGCACAAGGGGAUUGAUGAGUAUUCAGCUGCUUUUCUACUCUCCAUCCUGGCUUUUGUAGAUAUGUUUGCCAGGCCAUCCAUGGGCUUAAUCGCAAACUCAAAAUACAUCCGGCCCAAAAUCCAAUAUUUCUUUAGCUUUGCUGUUUUGUACAAUGGGGUCUGCCACAUCAUGUGCCCGCUGGCUGAAGACUAUACGGGCCUGGUUGUCUAUGCAGUACUUUUUGGACUUGCAUUUGGGAUGGUGAGCAGCGUCCUUUUUGAGACAUUGAUGGAUCUUGUUGGCACUGCAAGAUUUUCUAGUGCUGUUGGACUCGUCACAAUUGUGGAGUGCUGUCCCGUUCUUUUAGGUCCUCCUUUGGGAGGUUUGCUUGUGGACAUAACGAAAGAUUACAAAUACAUGUAUUUCGUCUGUGGAGUAAUUGUAAUCUUUGCAAGCAUCUGGCUAUUUAUCGGGAAUGCGAUCAACUACAGACUUUUGGCAAAGGAGAAGAAAUUAGAAGAGGAAAGGCAGAGAACACUGAAAAAUGCAGAUUCCAAGGAAGUGGAACCGUUGACCCACAAAGAGAGCGAAGAAACAGUCAGCAGGUCAAGCAAACUGCAAGACAAUCCUUCAGAAAGAGAAACUAACAUUUAAAACAAAAUAAUCCAAAUACUCAUAUUUAUAAGUUCCAUUAGAAGUAUUUCUUCAAAGUACAAGCCAGGUUUUAUAGAAAUAAUAAUCAGUUGCAAUUCUGAAUGGAAAUAGGAGUUUGCAGAACACAAAAUAAAAUCCAGCCAGAUCACAAUCCUGCCCCUAGAGAGAGAGAAAGGUGCAGAGAGAUUUGUGUAGAACUGCAUCAUAAUUUUUCUCUCUACCACUGUGCAGCCCCUAUGCCAGUAGUAUUGCUGUUGUGGAAGGCAAGGUGUAACCCGUGCUUCAUUUAGGCUAUUUUAAACUCAUGUCUUGAGGGGCAGGGGAGAAGGGCUCUUUAGAAAGUAACAUGUUACCUUUUCUGCACCUUGCCUUGAAGCAUCUAGCAACCUGCACCUCCUCAGAUGUGUAAGCUUCGUGCAUCAGGAGUGCAGAAGUAGCAUAGUGCAGGAAGGGCAGGUUAUGCUGUUGUACACUGUGGAUCAAGUCCCCAUCCUGUCCUCCAUGCAUGGAUGGAAGAGGAUUGUGGCAUUAAAUUGUGUUUUAUUUUGGUGUCAAAAGUGUUAGGACUCCUGUUGAAAUUGGUGCGAGUGAGUCAGUUCAAAUACAGUUCUAAUCAGGGUAGAACUUUGAGUGUAAGGUCUUCCAAAAACAAAUAUUCCUGCUCCAAACAAAUUUCUAAUGCAAAAGUAUGUGCUCGCCUAGUAAAGGAAGACAAUGGCUGUUGACCUCUUCCCAUGGUAUAUUUUGGGCCACAAGAAGGAAAUAAUUUCAAACCAUGAGUUUAAAUAUAAAAGUUUUUAAAAAGGAGUCACUGUUAACAGCUACCCAAGUAAAAACUGCACAAAACCCACUGUUUUAGAUCAAAAAUCUCCAUUACUCCUGAUCAAAUUUUAUCAUGUGGAUUUUCAGGACAAAUGAAGUCAGAUACAUGAAUUGGUGCAUGUUAUUGCUAAAUGCAAUAAAUAUUUUAAUUAUGGCAAAUAUAGGAUUCUUUCCUUCUGCUGUAAUAGAUUAGAAAUUGACAUAUUUACAGCCUGAUCCUAAGACUUGCAAAAUAAUACUUAGGAUAGGUUGUGUCAACUGCUGUAUCUUUGCAAUAUCAUGAAUAGAUAUGCUGGCACAGACGUUUAGGAUCAGGGUAUAUUUUUUGAACAACAUGUUGCCUUGUGAUCAUCACUGUACCACAAACAUGUCUGAAAUCUGUUUGGUAUUCAUGGUUGUCACUGCCACAUUACCCAGUUCUCUGUCCUCACAACACCUCCAGUCACGAGACUCUCAAAAGUGUAUUUUACUGCACAUAGCUGACCCUUGCAUAAUAAAAUUCCUGCCAACUAGGAAUUAGUUCUUUACUAGUGUAGACCAUCUGUGCUCAGGUAUUCAUAAAGCUAACAGGGACCAUAUAAAAUAAAUUUGGGGGCUGCAUCCUGUCCAUGGAUCGGCAGCUAGCCAUCUCUGAUUUCCACCCUCCAUCCCCAGAAAAAAAAUCAAAGACUACAAGCUUUUUCUCUCUCUACAGGUAGAUCAAAUUAUUUGAAGGCCAAAGAAAUCUGGUUGGUGUUAUCCAACUGUGGGCUGAUUUAACCUGGAAAUUCAAAACUAAUCAGUACCAGUUCCAUGUCCAUAGAAGUACUCCUAUUGGUCAUGCAGAAUAUUCCCCAGCACUGACGAAAUCGGGGCAGCACCAGAUCAUGUAGAAGUAUGUACUGCAGCUGGUGUGUUUGCGGGGCUUUGAGAAGGAGUCCUGAGCAGCAUCCCAGCUGCACUUCUGAAUUCAAUCUGACAAACGUAUCUCCCUCCAUAAGCCCUUUUCAGGUCCAGAGGACAUGUGGCCAGAUACUUCCAUUGUUCCUCUCAGCUACUGAGCUACUGAAAUCAUCUAAGACCAUGAUGGCAACAUGACGGAAGACCACCAACAUCACACUCUAUAGAGCAGGAGGUGAAACACAUGGGUAAUGCACUUUAAGGGGCCAUGCUUCUUUCGCGUGGAACACCAUUCUAACUGAAUUUCAGUAUUUCAUCUGUAAGGUCCUAUAAAACCCAAGAUUCAGUCCACUUAUAUCUAUAAUAUUAUGUUUUGCAUAGAAAGCAAAAUGAAACACCCAUUUACAUCCUGCCUGCAAAAGAUAGCCAUUCUUUAAAGAUGGACAAGAUCAACUGUAGUCCUAGUGCCUGAUGUAUAGCAUAAGCUGCUUCAACCAGGAGGCAAAAAAGCAGAAUGCACUCUCUACUCCUUUAUUAGCAUUGUAUUUAAGCUUUCAGUCCAGGAGAGGAGUGGAACAAAGAGAAAACCUGGUUUGUCAUGGAAUCAGAAUCAACAGCACCCAACUGACCAGACCCAGCAUCUGCUCACAAAUCUGGGCCUCGGAAUGAACAGGGAAGAUGGGCUUUUUUUCCUCCUAUGGUAUAGCCUCUCCCCACCAUUCCACCAUCUAAUUGUGUAGCUGCUAUAAUUCACUAUACCAGUAACAUAAUUAAACAGCAGGCGACAAGGCACAUCCUAUGAGAAAGGGCUGUUCAAAAAGUAACCCUUGAAAGCAAGGAUGGGAUGACUAUACCUCCAUAUUAGGGAACUGCUCAUCAUUAUGACAGGUGGAUCUGUCUAUAGGGAGGUGCUGUACAUUGCAGGGAUCUCAUGGGAGGAUACAAUGAAUCUUGUUCCACUGUCCAUGGGAUCCAUGUCAGUGGAAGGCAGGUUUUUUAUUAUCAGAGCUGGUAGCCAGGUUUUUCUUUGACUGUGACAUUUCCCGCCAAAUGCAAAGUUUUGUUUCCCCCUAAAUGACUGAAUAGGAGCCAUUCACUUAUGAGAAAAAUUAUAGUGGUGUCUUCAAGGACAUAAUUGGGAUGACAGGUCAAUGUGACUCCUGUUGAGCCCAGUUCUUAGGUAAUGGAUAGGUUUCACCCCUCAGUUCUAUGCUAUAUUGUAGUCCAUUUAAUCUGACCGAUGGAGCUCAAUUAGCAGCCAUUAAAAACAAAGCCAGCCCUUGUCUACAUUGUCCCACUCUUCAUUUACAUGCCAACCUUGGGUUCCAUUGCUCGAUAUGACACAGAGUAAGAAUGGCUUUAUAUAUAGUGAUGAUUGCCAUUUUUUUCUCCAUAUUAAGCAGUUAUCCAUAGUUAAGCACACGUGGUAUAAAUGAAGUGUGUUGUUGUUUAACAUUACCUAUCUACAAGAAAAUGAUAAUUCAUUUUAAAAAAGUUCACAAGGAAUGUAGUCAUAGACAAUAUAUGAGGAAGAGAAGGUGCAAAGCUCUCUGGUGGAUGUUUUAGAACAAAUGUUUUAGAAGUGAAAAUUCAGGGUUUGAUUCAUAAAAUAUGUAUGCACUGUUUAUGCAGCACACAAGCAAGCUCCUCUUAGAAAAGUGGGAUGUUUUCAAAUUCAUGGAAUCUCCUUUUUUAUAUCCUCUAAAAAUGUGACUAUUUGGCAGAUUCUCAAACAGAUUAAAUAUGCUAACACCUCAAGGGUUUAUUUUUUAUUUUAUUUAUUUUAAAGGCAGGGAGACAAGAUGACACAUUUCCCCCAGACCUCUGCUUUGUAGUUCUUGGUUGGUUGCUUUAGGAAGUUUUGUUCUGUCUAAUUUGCUGUUCUUUAUUUACACUAUUCUACUUCAUGUACAGGCAAAAUCCAAAGUUGAUAUAAUGCACCAAUGCCUUUUUCAAGACUCCAGGCACUCAGAAGUGCUUGUAACUCAGUCUACUGAGUGCUGAGCUAGUAUUUCAUGAACUGCAGAACCACAUGGAUAUCUUACAGGAUAUCAAUGCUGCUUAUUUUUUUUUUAAAAAAGAACCUAAUUUGUGAAAGUUAGCAAGGGCUGGCCCAACAAAUGUUGCCACUUGAGGCGAAGGACAAGAUGGUGGCCCUUCCCCAUUCUACAUACAGAAGCUGACUAGCAGUUGCAUCUUACUGCAACACUGGGGAUGGAAUAGCAUCUUCCCUGACCCCUGAGGUGGCAGGCCAGAUGAGGGGGCACACAAUAGACCAUGUGACAACAGGGGUGAAUGGCUGGGGGACUCAGGAGGAACAGCCAGGAGCUGCUGUUGCCCCUGGUAUCUGCCACCUGAGGCAGUCACCUCACUUUGCCUAAAGUUAGGGCUGGCCCUGCAGUUGGCUGUUGCAUGGUCCUAUUGAAGUAAGAACUGAAGAAGAAUAAGUGAUUGAUCUCUAUCACUUGUAUGCGACAGGAUUCUGCCUAGCUGGUAGCUUCCAAAAAAUAAAAAGGAAUCCUGUAUGCAUACAUAUUUUUUCUUCUUUUACAGUAAUCAAAAGGCACACAUGAGCCAAAUUCAAGUUGUGAAUGUUCUUCAGCUCCGGGAAAUUCCAUCUUUGGUUCUUAUCUAUUUUAAUUGUGGACAUUUCCUUCCUGCAGCAUACUCUGAACCUGUUGUCGGUCCUAGAUUUUAUGUUGUUCAUAAGCCCUCUCCAGCCUAACUCACACAGAGCAGGGUAAUAAUCAUGGUGGAAGGGGCUGGAGAAUGACAUCCCUGCUAGGGUCUCCUUCCUUGCAAUUUAAAAGUCUCAGGAUGAGAAGACAACCUUAAAAAAAAGCACCUGAAACAAAUAUUUCAAAUGUGAUAAUCAACCUUACCUCAAAUCACAAUAUGCAGCCAUUUUGGAUGCUCUAACUGUGUAAAGAGUCAGACCAAUGGUUCUUUGAGCCUGGUUUUGAUAGCUGUAGGUGGUACCAUAUAUCCAACUUUACAUUGUCAGGUGUUUCUCAGUUCUAAUGUGAUCCCUUGUUGGAAUGGAAAUGGGGGUUCUGCAUGUACAUGUAGUAUGAACCAAGGAAUGGCAGUGUGUACAGCUGAUACAAAAGCUCUUUAUGGGCAAAAGUGAGCUUUUAAUAAAUCAUUGAUCUGUACCUCAUUGCUUAGGGAUAUCUAAAGAGACAGACCAAGUUUGAAUACCUUUUGGCAACCAUCACAAUGCCUGCAUAAUUUUCCUAAUGAAUCAACCCCUAAAUUUAUGCACAAUGGCUGGGAUCCAACAGUAAACUGCAUGUGCAGCCCUAGCUGUGCUUGCUAUUUUUUAUUUUUCCACAGCAUUUCCUACUGCUGAAGAGACAAUCCAUCAGUCCAUUUAAAAAAGCAGCUUGCCACUUCUGCAGUGGGAACUGCUGUUGGCCAAACUAGCAAGCAAACUUCCUACCCUAUGUACAGUUAUUUUGCAUACACAUAUCUUCCUGCUAUGGAUCCCAGCCAAUUUGUAUUGUUUUAUUGGAAUAUGUAAAUAAUGACGACAUUAAACAUGAACGUACACGAACAUAUUGAAGAGAUAUUCAUACCAGAACAAGUUUUUAGUUCUAAAGAAUCAAAGUUGCCUGGUUCUUUGCAAGCCUUCCUUUACCAAAAUGUAAUCUUCAUCAUUCAUAUCUGCUGGGAAUGUUUUUUUUUUAAUUGUGUUUGGUAAAUAA